CCUGGUCCUUCUGCGGGAAGGGAAAAAUCUGCUACUCUAUCAGGAAACACAAGGGGGUGGAGAUAUUGACUACUCAGCUACUUGUUUAUGUAUAGUGAGGCUCCUGUUACUGUUAAGAUCACGUACAAUACAGAUCACUGCGUUUGCCAGUAAAGCAGAAACAUUAUAAUUAUAUCUGACAAAUUCAGUUGCUGAACAAGACAAUGUCUGACAAGACCGAGAACCAAACCUCAGAGCUUCCUGAUGCACACAGAGGCCGUACUGAUGUGACAUCUACAGAUGGCUUAGCGGUUGAACACAGAGGAGAGCCGUAUGUACAUGAUCAGGUGAAGACAGAGGAGGAUGAAGUAGCUAUAAAUACGGCUACAGGCCGUACUAAUGUGACGCCUACAGAUGGCUCAGCAGUUGAGCACAGAGGAGAACCGAAUGUGUGUGAUCAGAUGAAGACUGAGGAGGAUAAAGUUCCUAUACAUACAGCUACAGAUCAAGAUAACGCUGAUAUAGUGAAAGUUGAGAUAACAGAAGAUCUGUGUGUGAGGCGUCAGGUGAAAGCUCCAGAUUAUGAAAUCAGUGACCGUAUCAGCUCAGGUCGUAUGGAUGUUGCAUCUUCAGAUGGCUCAGCCAAUAAGCACAGAGGAGAAUCGUAUGUGUGUGAUCAAAUGAAGACUGAGGGGGAUGAAGUUCCUAUAAAAUCAGCUACAGGUAUAUUUACAAACUGCAGUAAUCCUAAUUAUGACCAGAGUGCUGAUACUUCUUUUAAUCUUCUUCAAAAUAAGAGAAGCCACAUGGGAAACUUAUGUUCUGAAUCUGGAAAAUCUUUUACCUUGAAAUCAGCUCUUGGUAAUCGUGUGAAAAUUCAUACAGAAAAGAAAGUAUUUUCAUGUUCUCACUGUGGGAAAUGUUUUACUCUGAAAUCACAUUUUAUUACGCAUCAGAAAAUUCAUACAGGGGAGAAAGCAUUUUCAUGUUCUGACUGUGGGAAAUUUUUUACUCGGAAAUCAAAUCUUAUUAAUCAUCAGAAAAUUCAUAUAGGAGAGAAAGCUUUUUCAUGUUCUGACUGCGGCAAAUGUUUUAUUCGGAAAUCAAAUCUUAUAGAUGAUCAGAAAAUUCAUAUAGAAGAGAAAGCAUUUUCAUGUUCUGACUGUGGCAAAUGUUUUAAUGUGAAAUCAAAUCUCAUAAAGCAUCAGAAAAUUCAUACAGGAGAGAAAGCAUUUUCAUGUUCUGAGUGUGGCAAAUGUUUUACUCUAAAAUCAUAUCUCAUUAAGCAUCAGAUAAUUCAUACAGGGAAGAAAGCAUUUUCAUGUUCUGACUGUGAGAAAUGUUUUACUGAGAAAUCCCAUCUUAUUAGGCAUCAGAAAAUUCAUACACGGGAGAAAGCAUUUUCAUGUUCUGACUGUGGGAAAUGUUUUACUCAGAAAUCAGAACUUAUUAGGCAUCAGAAACUUCAUACAGGAGAGAAAGCAUUUUCAUGUUCUGAGUGUGGCAAAUGUUUUACUCUAAAAUCAUAUCUCAUUAAGCAUCAGAUAAUUCAUACAGGGAAGAAAGCAUUUUCAUGUUUUGACUGUGAGAAAUGUUUUACUGAGAAAUCCCAUCUUAUUCGGCAUCAGAAAAUUCAUACAGGGGAGAAAGCAUUUUCAUGUUCUGACUGCGGGAAAUGUUUUACUCAGAAAUCACAUCUUAAUAGACAUCAAAAACUUCAUACAGGGGAGAAAGCAUUUUCAUGUUCACACUGUGGGAAAUGUUUUACUCUGAAAUCACAUCUUAAUAGACAUCAAAAACUUCAUACAGGAGAGAAAGAAUUUUCAUGUUCUGACUGUGGGAAAUGUUUUACUCGGAAAUUAUAUCUUAUUACUCAUCUGAAAAUUCAUAUUAAAGGAAAUAUGUGAAAUCAGCACUUGAGUAUGACACAGUUGUCACCUGCACAAUGUCUAUAGUACUUAUAACUACAUGUCGUCCUCUGUGGUACCCACUUUUGGGACAGUUUGAGGCCCUUCUGUACCUCAAGCGCUUAUAAGAUGGCUCUGGGGAUUAGGUUUCCAUAGCCAAGUGAUCAUAUGGCACACAAAAAAAUGUGUUUUAUUUCAGUAAAGGUUCAUAUAAGGGGGGCCAUAUGUGUAGAUCAAAGUUAGAUAAAAAAAAAUAUCAAAAGGCCCUUAUUUAUAUGUUGAUAAAUCCAACUUUGAAAUGUAGGUACUGUUUGAGGACAUUAUAGUAAGCUGAUCACUGAGGUGACAAUAUUUCCCUAGCUGGAAUUUAAAUUGACCAGGUGUAUACGUUAGCAUCGGCUAAAUAAAAUGCAUUGUGCUGAAAUAUAACAAAAAUUAAAAAAAUAUAUAUUUUGAUUUUCAAAUACUAAUUUUUAUUGGCAAACUCUAAAUUAUUCUCCUUUUCUUCUUAUUUUACAAUGGUUACCUAAUACAGUCACAUUGUAUUGUUUACAACUGUGUUUAUUAAAAUUGUAAUAAAAAUAUAAUUUUUUCACA